CGCUGAAAGAAGGACGGGUAGAAAAACUAGAGAGAGAGAGAGAGGCGGAGAGAGAGGAAAACAUUUUUCCCGACCUGAUCCCGCCAUAGUUUUUCCCACCCUUCCACCAUAGACCCAUCACCAAAUCCACCCAGUAGGCUACAACCCACCCCCUCCACAGUGCGAUAGAGGCAAUAGGCUGCUGCUUUAGUCGUCUGCUGGGGCCGGCUGCAAGUCAAGGGAUUUCAUUUCUUCCCCUGCUCCACUUAUUCAACUGGAUUUACAGCUAAAUUCUACGUUAUCAUCUGUUUUUACACGUCUGAAAUCAUUUUUUUUUAUUUUAGUUUGCUACCGAAAAUUAACAUUUAGUUUCGUUUUGUAUUCUUUUAUUUUUUUGUUUUAGAUCGUUUUCGAUAUUCUUGCCUUCCAGCGUAAUUUCCACUUUCAUUUAGUGUGGCAAGUGUGACAAUAUCUUGUUGCGCUAUUAGCGAAUUCAGGAGAGAAACUUUUCUUUGCUGGCUUCAAUUUUAGUUAUUCCGGACUUAGUUUUUUUUUUUCGUUUUUGGACUUGGAAAAACUAUUUCCACCAUGCACAAGCUAUACAUUGGGAAUCUAGGCGACAGCGUGACUGCCGAGGACUUAGGAAAAACCUUUGACGACCACAAGAUCCCAUACUCCGGACAGUUUCUAAUGAAAACCGGCUAUGCGUUUGUGGAUUGUCCUGAUGAUCAGUGGGCCAUGAAGGCUAUCGAGACGUUUUCUGGUAAAGUGGAGCUUCAUGGGAAACGUAUCGAGGUCGAGCACUCCGUCCCCAAGAAGCAAAGGACCAGGAAACUGCAGAUCAGAAACAUUCCACCUCACCUGCAGUGGGAGGUGCUAGAUGGUCUGUUGGCCCAGUGUGGAACUGUAGAGAACUGUGAACAAGUGAACACAGACAGUGAGACUGCAGUGGUGAAUGUCACAUAUGCAUCCCGGGAGCAUGCCAGGCAAGCCAUCCAGAAGCUGAAUGGAUACCAGUUUGAGAACAACGCCCUGCGUGUCUCCUACAUCCCAGACGAGAACUCCGAGCUGGAGGGAGGCCAGCGAGGGCCCGAUAAUGGCCGGCGCCCUGGUUAUGGGCCUCGAGGUGGGCCCCGCAGUGGGUCCCCGAGCUCUGGGAUGCCUUCUAAACCUCCGCACGCCGACAUCCCUCUGAGACUGCUGGUACCCACACAGUAUGUCGGAGCCAUCAUCGGCAAGGAGGGAGCCACCAUUCGCAACAUCACCAAGCAGACACAGAGCAAGAUUGACGUGCACCGCAAGGAGAAUGCAGGUGCUGCCGAGAAGCCGAUCAGCAUCCACUCCACCCCUGAGGGCUGCUCAGCUGCCUGCCGCAUGAUCCUGGACAUAAUGCACCAGGAGGCUAAAGACACCAAGACUGCUGAUGAGGUUCCUCUAAAGAUUCUGGCUCACAACAACUUUGUUGGACGCCUGAUUGGGAAGGAGGGGCGCAACCUGAAAAAAGUUGAACAGGACACAGACACCAAGAUCACCAUCUCCCCUCUUCAGGAUCUGACACUGUACAAUCCAGAGAGAACCAUCACAGUCAAAGGCGCUAUUGAAGCCUGCUGUCUGGCCGAGGUGGAGGUCAUGAAGAAGGUCAGAGAGGCCUAUGAGAACGACAUUGCUGCUAUGAAUCAACAGACCCACCUGAUUCCUGGGCUCAACCUGGGUGCUCUGGGCCUCUUCCCCUCCUCCUCCAACAUGCCCCCACCCCCGCCUGGGAACGCGGCCGCUGGUGCCCCCUAUGGUUGCUUUGGGGCUCCAGAGCAGGAGACUGUCCAUGUAUACAUCCCAGCACAGGCAGUGGGAGCCAUCAUUGGAAAGAAAGGACAGCACAUCAAACAGCUGAGCCGCUUCGCUGGGGCCUCCAUCAAGAUCGCCCCAGCUGAAACUCCAGACUCUAAAAUGAGGAUGGUGAUUGUGACAGGGCCCCCUGAGGCUCAGUUUAAGGCUCAGGGCAGAAUCUAUGGCAAACUGAAGGAGGAAAACUUCUUUGGGCCGAAGGAGGAGGUCAAACUGGAGACUCACAUCAAGAUGGCCGCUGCCGCUGCAGGAAGGGUCAUUGGCAAGGGAGGCAAGACGGUGAAUGAGCUGCAGAAUCUUACAGCAGCUGAGGUGGUGGUCCCCAGGGAACAGACACCUGAUGAAAAUGAUCAGGUCAUUGUCAAGAUCAAUGGCCAUUUCUACGCCAGCCAGUUGGCUCAGAGGAAGAUCCGGGACAUCCUGACCCAGGUCAAACAGCCACAGAAAGGUGGGAUGGGCAUGGGCGCCGGCCCUAACCCCCAGGGCUUCACAGAGAUGGGCAGCCCUACGCAGGGACUGACUCAGGACCACCAGCCGCGCAGGAAGUGAGGGUCCCCGCACCCUCCUCAUAUGCCGUGGGCCCCCCCGCCUGACGGACGGACAGACAGACACAUGCACAGACGGAUAAACAGACGGACGGACAGAUACAGGAGAGCGACACACGGACCCAGCGAUAGACAGGGAGAGAUAUAAAGAGGGAGGCAGUACGCCCGAUAGCCAGAGAGAAAGAUCAGUGUUUAGAGAGAAAGAUGGAAGAUUAAUAAAAUCAAAAGAUGAAAUGAAUAAAAAAAGAGGAUUAGGAUAAAAAGAAACUUGAGAACAGAAACCAGAUGCCAGGCCAGAAGAGAGACUGAUUGAGGAUGGAGGGAUGAAGGAAAGGAGGGAUGGAGAAAGGGAGGGGUGGUGUCCUUCUAGUGUGCCUUUCUAGGGCUGCAGCCAGCUCCUCAUCCUGCAUAAGACAGGUUUAAACAAUAUGGCCGACAUUACUCUCCUUGUAAGGAUGGAGCCUUACUGUUGUUGUUUACAUCUGUCCACAUGGGUUCAGAUCUACUGCAGGGGAAGAGGCUGGCUGGACAGAUCUUUGUUCCCUGAGACACACUAGCAGGGGCCUGUUUGUUCCUCAGUCACCCCCUACAGACCUCUCCAACCAUCUGCAGUCAGUCCUAUAUUUUAAGGGUGGUUUUUUUUAAACAUAGAGAUAUAUGUAUAGAAAUGUUUUAUUCAGAGCUAUUAUUGAUAGAAUGCAGUGAGGCGGAGCCGGGAGAGGGAGCAGGGAAACUGCUGCAGCAGCAUAGGGGGAUAGGUCUUGGGUCUGGCGUUACCCCCACCCAUCCCUAACCUCCUAGCCAAUGAGAGUCUAGAAGAGGGGCCGCAGAUGUUAACAAUGCUCUUUAAAGACUUCUCUGAAUAGCGGAGAGUUUAGGAAAAUGGAAAAAUGGAGAAAAUAUGAGGUUGUAAAUAUAUAAUCUUCAUGUAAAUGUUAAGAAAUGCUGUGUCUGGCCGCCUUGCCUUUUUUUAAAAGGGGUCUUCUGUAUAUUUCCCAGUCCCUUGUCUAUGAUAUGUAGCAUAAUGUAGCCUACAACAAGGCCGGGGCUGGGGAGCCACUGAGCUCCCCCUUUCACGUUUAGUUGUGUGGCGGAAAGCGCAGCAAGAGACAGUUAGGGGAGCGGAGGUCGCAGCUGGUCCUGCAGUUCUAUUGCAGCGACUUAGCUCACACAUGUGAAACCAUUAUAAAACAACUUUAGAAAAACAGCCAGCAGCUAUGCUAGCUGGCUAGCGGCCCGCACCUUAAACGGCAUAUUUUAUAUAUAUUAUAUAUAUAUGAUAUGUGAGUUAGCCCGGCCCCUCCGGUGAAUGUAUUGAAGGCAGCGAGUCAGGUGUGAGGUUUUGCUACACCUGUAUGAAUAAGUCCUGCAAUGACAGACAGACAAGGUGUGUCUGAGACUUUCUGCUCAUUGCCUUCUUCCAGCGCUGGAUACUCAAGGCCAGUUUUGGACAGGAUGGCUUUCUCCUCAGAGGAGCUGGGGUCCUUAAGACCAUCCCUGCAUUAAAGUCAUCUUUGUUCAUUUGAACAAACAUGGCCUUUAAUGCUAGUAUUAAUAAAAAAAAUGUUUAAGACUGGCCUUGGCCGAGCGUGGGAACCAAAAAGGCGAAGUCUUCCAAAGCUCCUUGCUCAGAGAAGGUAAAAUCAGACUGAAGGGGAGCAGCUUCCUCGUUCUCUCUCCCAAUCUGCCAAAGGCCUGUGGGCGGAGCCUCCAGACCCUGCCUGCGUAUGAUAAUGAGGGCCGGGGUCUACGCCUGGACGCUCCCGCCAAGAUUAGAAAAGAUUAGAGAAGAAAUGAAAAAGAAAAAACCUACCUCAGGGUAAAGUUACCUCAGUAUUCCUAACUUUUUUUUGCUUGCUGGUGUUUUAUAUAAGAAGAAAAAAAAAGAAAAGAAGAGCUGAUAGUCCUGAAUAUUUUUUAUUUUUUUAAAGAAAAAGUAUUUUUUUUUAGGUAUUGUCUUGUUGCUUUGGUUAUUUUUUUCAGGUUUUUUGGUGUGAUGAUGGUUGAAUGAGCUCAGGAUGACGAGUAAGCUGUGUUUUUUUCCAAAGCAGAGAGAGAUAAAAUGCUGAUCUAAAGAGGAAAUGGGUUGAGUACCAUUUUGCCUUUUUUAGGUGAGAAAACAUGCUCUCUGUCUUCCUGAAGUGUGAUUGGAGCAGGCGUUGUCUGAAACGGAAUAUUGGCCAAUGGGGAGUGGUGUUAACUCGAGAGGGGGUCCUAAAGUGCACACGCCACUGGGUACUCUUUUUUUCUGAGCCCAUGUCAUCAGAGAGAUUGAUACUAUUGAUUCUUACUGUCAUCCAUCCAGACAACCUCUUCCUCAGGUCGCAUUGUGACACUGCGACUACCCAAUCUUGUGGCUACUGGCUCACCCUGUGCCCUGAAGGACCUCCCUCUCCUGCCUUAUUGUGAUGACAUCAUCAUGAAGCGCCAAACAUUAUGAUAGGGCUUAAAGUGUUUAAGAGGUUAAGUUUCUCACCCACAAAUAAGACACGUGAGAGUGAGCUUUUAAGCCAAACUGGCUUAAAACCUGGGGGUUGGGAACUUGUCAGAUCAGAGUUGUGUUGAACGCAGCAGUAGUGGUCCAUCUACAGCCUAACUGUACAUGGAGACAGAAGAGAGCAUUCUACCUAAACACACACACCUGAACUAGCUCUGACUUCUCUGAAUGUGAAUAUUUAUUACCUGUGCACUGACCACGACACCUCAGAUGCUCCCUGUUGGCUACAUGUGCGCUUGAUGUGUGUAUGUUUGUGUGAAAGCGAAUGCAGGUGUGUGCGUGUGUUGUUCACUGGUUUUAAAUGUUCAUUUUUGUCAGGAGAUGUGGUUGGGGUAAACUUUAAGAAAAGCAGAAAAAGUAGGACGAGAACCUAUGGCCCUCCGUCUGUGUUCCAACUGACUGAGGAGGGAGAAAUCCAAGAACCUUUGAAAAAAUGGGAGCAAAAAAGAAAAGCAAGAGAGUUUAAAAACAACAUUAACACAGCUGAGUAAUAGAUUAAAACCUGUACAUAAGAUGUUAAAAAAAAAGGUGAUCACGAUACUUUUGUAUUUUUGGAGAAAAAAAGCAUAAAAAUCAGAAUGGGAAAAGCCGUUGAGAGAAGAAAGAUUGCGCCAAGCCAAGUCACUGAAGGACACUGCCAGAUAACUCACAAUCUUUUCAAUGUCUUACCUGUACUUGGCGACAUACAUCGCCAGUCUUCAUCCGCUACCCCACCAGCUCACCAUCAAACAGGGAAAAGUCUAUUCUAUCAUGUGUAUGCUUCCAUUGUUGUCCAUAGGUGGUAACUUCACAGUUCAACAUGGUUGUCCUUUGUUAAGUUUCCACCUCUUUUCAAACCAUAGAUCUCUGUUCACAACCACCAAGACACGCUAUUUAGGAUUCAUUAUUCAGCCUGUAGCCAUUUGGAUUGAUUAGGAUUCAUUUCUUUUAUUUUUUGGUUUUAUUUAGUUUUGACAAUACAGCAAGCUUUAUUUGGACGUGACAUCUGGGGACGUACUGUUGCACUAAUUGAUGAAAUAUAUCGACAACGUCAAACUAUUGAAACGACUGAGAACCUCCUGUAACACCUGAUGCAAUUCUGUAAAAACAAAGGUGGAGAGUGAAGGGAAGAGGAGAAGGCAGGAUGGGAGGAGGGGAGGAAGGAGAAGGGAGGUGGUCAGAUGUCUGGGAUGAGGUGUUGAGGUGUCUCCCUCCAGUCCCAUCAACAAACUGAAUUCCACCAUCUCCUUUCUUUCUUGUUCCCCCCUCUGUCCUUUGACAAAACAAUUAAAUGCGUUCUCCUUGUUUGUUUUGGCCCUUACUCCAGGAGAAGAGUGAGAUGUUUUUAUUUCCUUUUAUUAAAAAAAGAUCAUUUCAUUUUUGGAGCGGGUGGGAACAUCAGGGUCCCUCGCCCUCUCUUGCGCUGGUCUCCAUCGUGUUCGUUUUGCUCACCUCUGUUCAACACCUUUUGAUUUUCUUACCAUCUUUUUUAUUUUAUUUUUUACAAUCGAUGUUCUGACUCGCUUUUUGGAAAAAUUAAAAUCGUUUGUUGUUUUGUUUUUGAAUGCACAAAUCUAUUAACAAAACAGCUACUAAAUACGAUGAACUACUAACAUGUAGCUCAGUACAUGACGGUAACUGUGCCAAACACACAGGAAGGGGCUCAGUCAAAAAUGCAGUAUAGAGCCAUUUUGAGCAAAUAACCUGUAAUACUGAACUCAUAGAAAAGGUCUUAAGAUACCUUAAGUAGUAUUUCAGAGUGAAGAUUACUACAUUCAAAUAGUGAUAUGUCAUCUUGGAAUUGAACUCUUCUCACCUUGUUUUUGUAUGUACAGUAGAGACAAUGCAUUAUAUGGUUGUUGUGUCUCCACACACGAAAAGAAACAGAGGCACACACCAUGCUACCUAGCACUCCUGCUCCGUGGCAGGAAGAACGACUCACACAAAUAUAAGCAUGCAUCCUGAGUGGGACAGAAAUCGUUAGACCUUUCAUCUGGUUUUCCUCUUUGCCGCAAGAGAAUCAGAUCUGGAUCAUUUCUGGGCCCAAAAAUGAACCCUUAGUCCUUUUUUUAUGCAAGUUGAGUGAUAUAUUGAUAAGUUGUAUCAGCUUGGACAGAGUUUGGCAGUGUGAGGUGCCACACAGUGUAAGAAAAUCAUUAUAGUUGCCACAUACUAAAAUGUAAGCAUCAAACUUACAUGAUUUUGUUGUAUCAAGCUUAUUCCAAGACUGUUUAAAGGACCAUACCAGUACAUGUUUUUUCCCAAUUUCUAUAAAUUGCUACAUAAUAUUUUUGCUGUAUAUUUUCUAAAACAUAUCAUAGACAAUAUAUGUCCAAACAUACCACCAUAUUUAGAUUUGUGAAUCUUGAUUGGUUUCCAUUCAUUUCACUAUAAUAUGAAAAUUAACUUUGACAAGUUAUACUGGAGUUGGAUCAUGCUUCACCGUGAACAUGGCUGCAUUAACUUGUUAGGGGUCCCUGGGCAAAAAAAUUCUGUUGGGGUCCCACAGGCCAUCCCCUCUCCAAAAACCUGCCUUGAUGUGAUACAUUGGUGAUGUAAAUUACCUAACAAAUUUACAAUUAAAAGGUACCCGUGGAGCUUUCUCCCAAAAAAAAGAAAGUUCCGUUUACAUUCAGUGUUUCUCACCAAAAAGCAUUGUGUGUAUCCUUGAAGUCUAACAAAAGGGUUGAAUGCAUUUCCUUCCUAAUUCAUUUCAUCCAAUUUUAAACCUGCUAUAGUGGAGUUUUUUGGCCACUUGGGGGUAACAAAAACGAGCAGAUCGAGCAGAGCAACAUUAUUAUUCCUUUGUAGUCAUGUUUCUGUCCACCUGUUCACGAAACUUCUGAGAAAAAUAUCUGGCUCUUUAGCUGCUAAAUGCUUCACUAUGUUCUCCAGCAGGUAGUGCACAGUGGGUUUAUGAGAGCUGUUUCACUGAAAACAGCUGUCCUCUGUGGCUGAAAAUGAUGUUAUGAGAGCUGUGAGACUGAACCAAAACCAUGGGCCGUAAAACCAAAACAAUGGGCUGACAGAUGCUAAAAACACUCCGUAGAGCUGAGGGGAACUGUUGAGUCGGGUGAUACUUCUCUGUGGACUCAUCACUAUGGGUGACACAUUACACAUAGUCAUUGUUCCAUUAUAUAUAUAUAUGUAUAUAUAUAUAUAUAUAUAUAUAUAUAUAUAUAUAUAUAUAUAUAUAUAUGUGUAUAUGUAUAUUAGAGCACCUUUAAGUCUCCACAAUAGUACUGGCAUAGUGUAGUGAAAUGCAUUGAAAGUAAUGGAAAAGCCCAUAAAUCUAAAACAUGCUUUAGAAAAUGCUCAGCACUAAUGUAAAGUAUAUGCAGUAAAUGGGUUAAAAACUCACUGGUGUUGUCCUUUUAUUUAAAGACUGGAAGCAUGGAAAUUCAGAGUUUUCAGUAAACUAUCUUGCACAGCUUCUUGUUUGUGGCAGCAGAGCACAGCUUUGCUUUAUAGACCUUCCGACAUGUAGCUCAGCUCUGACAGAUGGUAAAAAAUUGACAGACAGACUCCAAGCUCUUGCAAGGACAGUUUGCAAUAAAACAGUGCAAACUCCUCCUGUCCCUCAGCAGAGACGGCUCCGUGUCUCAACAAAUUUGAAACAAAAUGGAGACCCGGCAGAGGGACACCCUACCGAGACGAAACAAACAAACCUCUUGACACAUAACUAGGAACGCUACCUCAAAACAUAAGCAAACUCAGCCAGAAGAUUGUUUAUUCUCUUUUAUUACAAACAGACAAGAGCAGACAGUCAGUCAGUCAGUCAGACAGACAUGCAGACAUAAAGUAUGGACAGUCUAUGUUACGGUCACAAUUUUAGGUUUUUUUUCCCACUCUUUGAAUUUAAUUUAUUUUUCGGUUUUUGAAAUUUUACCUCUCCAGCUUAGAGAUGGGACUGUAAAAAUAAAUGAGUAAAUAAGAAAAAACAACAAAAAGACAAAAAAACCCCAAUAUGGACACAUUGUGUGCAGGGUGGCGUGGGCAGCCUGGAAGAGGAUUUUCUUCAUGUGUUGGGUAGAAUAUUCAAUAAGCUAAUUGAUCCACGUACUGCCCAAUUAUGACGAGGUGUUAACUUUCACUCUGGGAACAGUUUCUAUUUUAUAACUUAACUGUUCAAAGCUGAUUCUAGUCAGUCACCUCACUUUGACUCAGAAUUAAACGGUGCAGUUUCUUUUUUACCUGCCUCCGACCGCUAAAAUUACCCACAAUCCUCCUUCAGCUCCACCCUGCUGCUCUACUUCCCCUCCCUGUGAUUUCACCUCCUGAAUCAAGGGGCACGACACCUGUAAUCAUGUAAUUGUUUUGUUGAUCUACCUCUUGGGAAAAAAAAUAGGUAAAUGGUAAUUUUUUUUUGAAAAAGCACACAAAAAUAACAAAAAAAAAAGUUGCUUGAAAGAAAUAUAGGUAAAUGAAUAACUGGGUAGCGGCAUCUCCAUAUACUGUAGUGGAUAGUCUAUUAAAAGAAAAAAACUUUUACUUCUUCCAAAGAUGAUUUUGUUUUCUUUCUCCAUUUUAGUUAUUUUUCAAAGGAUUAUGAAAUUGAAUAAUAAUCUUAAAGGGGAGACAAAAACUUACCACCUGUUUUUAAUUUUCUUCUUUAAAAGAGCCCAACAUAAAUGAGAUUUCUUUAUCCAAUUUGCAUUUUCUUUUGUUCAUUUCGUUAAACUCACACUGUUUUAACUAUUUUCAUUUUGGUUGACUUCUAAUUUUUUUCUCUCACUUUUUUAUGACAGCAGAUUGUAUCUCUUGUGUUUGGGUGCAUUUAGCAUUUUCUUUCUCUCUGUGAAAAGCCUACAUGAGUUAGAGCGCCCUGUGAGGACCUUCUACACUGAUUGAUAAUCUAUUUUCACUUCUGAUGAAUUGUUUAAAAAAGCAAAAGGACCUGUUGUUUUAGCUGACUGUGUAGCUGCAGGUGGAAGGAGGGAGGCCCUGGGUCAUUUCUGUCCUUCUCAUGCUGCUUUUAGCUGGAUUCAACUAGACUAAUCUGAUCUGGGCUCAGCCUCCAAACUUAAAAUUAAGAUCUCCAUGUGCUUUGAUCGUGCAGCCAUGACGAGACUGUUUGCUCACAUCCCAGCUGCUGAGAUGCAGUGUGAGAAGGGUUGAGUCUUUCUCCUUCCACCAGAUGGCGCCUUUGGUCUUUACAGUAUAUGGACUUUCACUCUCUGCCUGCCUGAUUCCUUUAGUCCUCAUCAACACUUGUUUGAAACUCCUUGUAAACAAAACAGAGCAUAGAUAUGAAUGUGUUAUUAAAAGAUGAGAAAACGGA